AUGGAUGACCCGAACCGACUGAGGAGGCAGAAUGAACCGCCGGUUCAUCAAACUUCCAACCAAAGAUUCGCAAUUCACGACCCUUCUCAGCAACGCCGUUCGGUAGCUGGAGGCUCUAACGACAGAUAUCGCCCGGCUCCUAUUAACACUUCCUCGUCACCGGCGCGAGGAAUGGGAGGUGCGGGUAACUACGGCGCAUACUACCAAGAACCGACGCAAUCUUUCUCAACAGCAAACAUGCCGGCAGCAGCUAUGGCCUACGGGUCCGAGUACGGCGCAGACUCCCGCCAACCAACUCAGGCUUUCGGUGGCUACGGCAAUGCUGCGACCAUGAUGUACAACGUGGCUCAACCGAGCACGCAAACACCUGUCUACGAUGCGCAACAAUUCGGGACGCGGCAAUCCGCCGCUAUGCAGAUGAUGACCCCGGAUGUUGCUUCGACCUACUUUGGAUCCGAGGCAGGGAGCACCGGCGGGCCGGGUCUACAACAACCGGCUCAGGGCUCCGGCGCAUCCGCCAACGUUUACCAACAAAACACUCCCAUGAGUUACGCUGGCAACAUGUCGAGCGUGAGCGCGAUGCAACAGACACCAGCGAGCGCCGAUGUCUCCAUGAAUGACGACCACGAGUAUGCCGAAGGCGCCCUGGAGGAGAAGUGGGUCAACUACCAGCGGCAACUGGGGACCAUCUUUCAGGAGAUUGUCAACGGGUCUCUUGAGAGCGCAUCUGAGACAUUGUUGAGUGUCUCCAGCUGGCUAUUGACUCAGGUGGCUGACCUUGGCCUGAACCUCGACGACACCAGCCUUCACGCUGACAGAAUCAAGCUCUGGAACGACUUCAACCACGCAUGGUUAGCCCUGGGCCACCGACAGAUUGAGCUUAUGAUAUCGUCACAACAACCCUUGAGGGCCCAGACUGUCAUGUCUAAGUCUAUGGUCAAGAAGAUGGGAGACGAGCUGAUACGAUUGUGCGAUGGGAUCGAGCGCCAUGGACUGAUUGACUACCAAUAUGGGGUGUGGGAGGAGCAAAUUACUACUGUGCUCGAAGAUUGUCUGGAUCUCUACGAAUCCCCCGAGGAGGCGAGCGGUAGUGGCGGAUCCCGCUGA